UUUUAAUGCGUUGUUUUGUCGGAGAUAACUUUGCCACUUGUUUUAGGUCGUCAGUAAUACUUUUUUUCCCUCCCCAUUCUACGGUGCUUUAAAAACGCGUGUUUUAGUGGGAGGUCGAAGUUUCGUUUUUCUCUCUGCAGCUCAAUACCUUCAUAAUGGUGGACUUUUAAAUCACUGGGGAGCCGCGAGUGUGCUUUACACUGAAGGCAUCAUAGAUUUCUGCUAGAAUAAUUUGCUUCUGAGUCUAGAUGAGACAGGGUGUGUGAGCGAGAGAGAAGCCCGGCUGCGGCGUGAGCAGCAAUGGGUGAGAUCGAGGGCACAUACCGGGCACUACAGACUCCAGGCACACGCCUGGGCUCUCAGUUCCACCCCGGAAUCAGCACGCUGGAACCUGGGCAGAGCCUGAACUCGUCCGGGACAGGGCGCAAUGGCAAGUUCCUGCAGAUCCGUGUUCAGGGCCUGGACGAUGCUCAGGAGUUCUACGAGGUUGAGGCUAAAGCAGAUGGACAGACCCUUCUUAAUGACGUGUAUCGCAGGAUAAAUCUCAUCGAGAGCGAUUACUUUGGUCUGGAGUUCCAGAAUGUGCAGAUGAACUGGGUUUGGCUGGAGCCCACCAAGCUCAUAGUGAAACAAGUGCGACGACCAAUGAACACACUCUUUCGUUUGUCAGUGAAGUUCUUCCCACCCGAUCCUGGCCAGCUUCAGGAGGAAUUCAGCAGGUACCUGUUCUCCCUGCAGAUGAAGCGAGAUCUGAUGGAAGGCCGACUGAACUGCACAGAAAACACUUCAGCUCUGCUGGCCUCUCACCUUGUCCAAUCUGAGAUUGGAGACCAUGAUGAUAUUUCAGACAGGGAGUAUCUGAAGCACACUAAGCUGCUGCCGUAUCAGGAGCACUUGCAGGAGAAGAUCAUCGAGUUCCAUCGCAGACAUGUGGGUCAGACGCCUGCGGAGUCCGAUUUCCAAGUGCUGGAGAUUGCCCGUAAGUUGGAGAUGUACGGUGUGCGUUUCCACCCUGCAGCUGACCGUGAAGGCACCAAGAUCAACCUAUCAGUGGCCCACAUGGGCCUGCAUGUCUUCCAGGGUAACACCAAGAUCAACACAUUCAACUGGUCCAAGAUUCGCAAACUGAGCUUCAAAAGGAAGAGAUUUCUGAUCAAGCUGCACCCCGAGGCCCAUGGUCCUCAUCAGGACACUCUGGAGUUCCUGAUGGCUAGCCGUGAUCAAUGCAAAAUCUUCUGGAAGAGCUGUGUGGAGCACCAUGCCUUCUUCCGUCUGUUCGAUCAACCACAACCCAAAACCAAAGCAAUUCUGUUUAGCAGGGGAUCCUCCUUCAGAUAUAGUGGGAGAACUCAGAAGCAGCUGGUGCAAUAUGUUAGGGACAGUGGUGUGAAAAGAACACCCUACCAAAGGAGAAACAGCAGUAAGAUCCGGAUGUCAACUCGCUCCUUAGCCACUGAUUUACCUAAGCAGAGCCUGUCCUUCAACGACAGCCUUAAGAUAUGCAGUUCUUCUCCAUCUUCCACUGUUUCCUUCCACAAGGAAGCCUUCCUUCCGUCUCUGCACUCUUCCAUCUCUCCUGUACGAAUGGAUAACAAUAGCAAGCCUCAAAUCCUGCAGAUUCAGCACAUCUCAUCUCUUCAGCAGCCUGUGAGACCACCUAGCCCCGUGAAGGAGGAGCCUGCAAAGAUACACCCUCCAUCUAACUCAGCCUUCCCAGGUCCCAUAAUGGACAGCCCCCAGCUGUCUCCCUUUGGGUCUAAGUGUCCCCUGAGUAUGUCCACGUCCUUCCAGAUGUCCACGCUCAGCCUGCCCAGCCAGGCACCCUCGAGUCCUCUUCUCAGCGAGGGGGGCAGCUCCAGGAUGGAGGAGGAGGAGGAGCUUAGGAGGAAGAGAUAUCCCACUGAUAAAGCCUACUUUAUUGCCAAAGAGAUUCUGAUGACUGAGAGGACAUACCUGAAGGACCUGGAGGUUAUCACAGUGUGGUUCCGCAGUGCAGUGAUUAAAGAGAAUGCCAUGCCUGAAGGCCUGAUGACUCUCCUUUUCUCCAACAUUGACCCCAUCUACGAGUUCCAUCGAGGCUUUCUCAAAGAAAUCGACCAGAGGCUGGCUCUCUGGGAGGGGCGCUCUAAUGCUCAUGUGAAGGGAGAUUACCAGAGGAUUGGCGAUGUCAUGCUGAAGAACAUGUGUGCCCUGAAGGAGUUUACCAGCUUCCUACAGAAGCACGAUGAGGUACUGACUGAGCUGGAGAAGGCAACAAAGCGUGUAAAGAAGCUGGAAACGGUCUAUAAAGAGUUUGAACUGCAGAAGGUGUGUUAUCUGCCCCUCAACACCUUCCUCCUCAAGCCCAUCCAGAGGCUCAUGCACUAUAAGCUGAUCCUUGAACGCCUGUGCAAACACUACUCCCCCGAGCACAGAGACCACCACGACUGCAAAGAGGCCCUAAAGGAGGUGACAGAGAUAACAGCUCAGCUACAGAGUAGCCUCAUUCGACUAGAGAACUUCCAGAAACUGACGGAACUGCAGCGGGACCUGAUUGGCAUUGAGAACCUCACAGCACCUGGCAGGGAGUUCAUCAGGGAAGGAUGUCUUUACAAGCUUACAAAGAAAGGUCUGCAGCAAAGGAUGUUCUUCCUGUUUUCAGACAUGCUCCUUUACACAAGCAAAGGCGUCACAGCCACAAACCAAUUUAAAGUUCAUGGCCAGCUUCCCCUCCAUGGGAUGCUUGUGGAGGAGAAUGAGAAUGAUUGGUCAUACCCUAACUGUUUCACCAUCUACUCAGCCCAGAGGACCGUCGUCGUGACUGCCAGCUGUAAAGUAGAGAUGACUAAGUGGAUCGAGGACCUGAACAUGGCGAUCGAUAUUGCGAAGAAGUCACAGGAGAAAUCGGAUGUAUUUCUCGACCCAAGUCUGUGUGAUCGCUCCAACAGGUCAUCUGAUGAGGUGUCAUUGGAGCAGGAGUCUGAGGACGAUGUGAACUCGUCCCGCUGCUCUCUGGACAAACAGAGCCACCAUCGCGCCAACACCACCAUGCACGUGUGCUGGCACCGCAACACCAGUGUCUCCAUGUCUGACCACAGCCUAGCCGUGGAGAACCAGCUGUCUGGCUACCUGCUGAGGAAGUUUAAGAACAGUAAUGGCUGGCAGAAAUUGUGGGUGGUCUUCACCAACUUCUGUUUGUUCUUCUACAAGACACACCAGGAUGACUUCCCUCUGGCUAGCCUGCCUCUGCUGGGUUACACGGUCAGCACACCCGGGGAAUCAGACAGCAUUCAUAAAGAUUAUGUCUUUAAGCUGCAGUUCAAGUCCCAUGUUUAUUUCUUCAGGGCUGAAAGCGAAUAUACCUUUGAAAGGUGGAUGGAGGUGAUAAAGAGUGCAGCGAGUGCUGCUGGCAGGGCGAGUCUGCUGAUCCCUAAAGGCCCUGAAGAGAUGAAUGGGAACUGAAGCUUGAAAGUGAGGCUGGUUGUCCUCCUGGAGCUCGGGGCUGGGCCCUGCACACUGCCAUGAGUCUAUACUAUUAUUUUAUUUAAUCCUCUCUGUUUCGUGGCUCCUAGUGCCAUUAUCUUCAUCAUUGCUUCUGAAUGGAAACGGAAGAAGUCGGGGGCCGUCUAAUAACUCGACUCUUUCUAGUUUCUUCAUCUCUGACAUGUGGGCUACGACCCCUUCACAAGUCAUGCCAAGUUCAGCAGUUUUCCAGAAGAGUAAUAUGACCAUAAAUGGCUAUUAUGUUCUAUUUUGGUUCAUGUGGUCCUUCUACAAUUUCAGCGGUCACAUUUCUAAAAUCUCCAGUUCUUCAUCUCAAAACUGGCAGCUCGUCCUGAGCUGCCAAACGUAUUGUCUCCAGCCCAUUAGGAUUUCCUGAAUGGGUUUCAAUGUCAUUAAAAGCUCAUUUUGUGUAAUCUCGAUCUCAAACGUUCAUAUUCACGGGAGCACAGUUACGGAAUGUUGCCGAACGGAGUAAUGGACUGAAUCAGGUCUGGAUGGUAGAGUAAGUGAAAAGAGUGAAGAAAGAAGUCUGCGGAACCACAGUGGUGUGGACCAGAGGAUAUGGCAGCACUCGGGAGACGGAGUGGUUUGGAGAACGGUCGUCAUCCUCCGUAAAUAGUUGUUAAAAAAAAAAAAAAAAAAAGGACAAGGGAUGGUAUUGAAUUAAGGGCACUGGAAUUAAUGAGUGACAGAAUAAUAGGUGAUCUGGUGUGGACACAAGUGAGUAGAGUCUGUAGUGAGUUUGUGCUCCUGUUCAGUUCCACAGUAAGACUUUAGUGACCUUAUUGUUCUUACCCUUUAUUAAAAUGCCUGGUUAAUUAACAGUUAUAUGUGGAACCGCUUCGACUUAUGUAAAUGUAAGAAAUAUUGAGAUAUAUUGAAAAGGCUCGUUCAGAGAAUAUUUAACAGUUUUGUUACUGACGAUGCAUUUAUGCACACUUCUCAUCUCUAAAUUUUAUUUUAUUUUAUUUCAUUUCUUUCUGGAGAUCCACAAGAGGGAGUCAGCACCUCGAGUAUGCAUCCAGUCUUAAUCCUGGUGCUCACUAACACAAAAGCUAACUAGUCUUUCUGGUCAGGAUAGUUAACAUCAGUUUCUAUUAAACAUGCGGCUCUGCUGAAUUCUCCUCUUCUCCUGCACACUAAUUGUGAAUAAGGGAAUAUGGGCCAUGUGGGUAACUGGUCUCAUUAAAGUUACGAUUCACAUGCUUAAACCAAAAAAAAGGUCAGUGUGAUGAAGUUUCAUCAGUUUCUUUCUUCUUUUUUUUUUUAGAUCAUAGAGAAAUGUUGAAGUACAGUUUAUGCUGUUAUCUGUAUUAUUAUUAUUAUUAUUAUUAUUAUUAAUCUUUUUUUCCGCUAUAAGGGCCAGUUCUUUUAUGUAAAUAUUUGGGUUAUCAUAUGGUGAAGAAAAGUUACUUUUAAAGGAAUAUUUCUGUGAACAGUUUUAUUUACACGGUAUUUUCCAAGUACCUAGAUGCUAUUGGUUACCCAAGACAGGUUUGGUAAUUAAACUUUGGUUCUGCAUGAACACUAUAAGGAUAUACCCUCACACGCUCACCUCGACGAACAAAAGGUUUCAGUAAAUAAAAAAAUAAGUCUGUGAAGAAAUUAAUUUCAUGUAAUGCAAACCUCUUCUCGAGUCUGAUGCUUGUGUGGAGUGACAUCAAAUUGUGCUGAGGAGGACAGUGAUUCUGGCUUCAGUGUGGCUGCUACUACUGUUUUUUUUUUGCUAUGUGAAUUACUUCUGUUCUAUUUUUAAUACAUUACUAUGUGCCAUAUAGUCAGAAACCACAUCAAAUAAAAGCUAUAAGUGCGAAACUGAAGCAAAUAUCAGACACCAAACACUUCUUGGCUGAUCAACUGUAUUGGUAUAUGGAUAAACCUGUGUACAUUUAAUUUUCACCUGAAGUAAACCUUUAAGAGUUUUGAAACUGCUAUGUUAUGUUUACUCAUAAGGGCUGAGAUUAACUGUAAAUGAAUCCGAUCUUAUUUGGGAGAUUUGAUCUAUUA